AUGGACAGAGGAGAGAAAGGAUUACCUGACGGUGGUGUUGAUGGUGACAGUGUUGUGGCAGCAAUGGCUGUUUCAAACGGUGGAGAGAAAGAGACCUGCGAGAGAGGUUACUGUUCUUCUCUUUCCCUCUGUUAUGCGUUGCUUCUUCUCUUUGAUUCUUUUGUUCCCUCUGUCAACAAUGUUCUUCCCUCUCUGCAGCGGCUUCGUGGAGGUGCUGGCGGCGGCGGCCUGGGGAGUGGCUUGGACGGUGGUCGACCUUUCUUCUUCUUCUUCUCUGGCAUGACUGCGGCUGCUCCUCCUCCUGGUGUUGUUGCUGCUGCUGCUGGGAUGGAGGAGAAAAUGAGGUCGGUCUGGGGCUCCGUUGACAGAGAAGGCUGUUUCGGGUGCAGGGAAGAAAUGGCCGAGAGAGGGGAAUGGCCAGGAGGGGGACUGUUUUUGGGCAAGCUAACAACUCUAUUAUUGCAUGCUCUGAUCCUCAAGGCAGCAAAUGUAAAUACAGCAGCUGACUUCCGGCCCAUUUCCUACUACAAUGUGGUCUACAAAGUGAUAUCUAAAAUCCUUUCGGGGAGAUUAGCUUCUGCUCUAAAUGGCAUCAUUAGUCCAAUGCAAAAUGCCUUUCUAGGUGGGAGAAUGAUGUCAGACAACAUCAAUUUAGUUCGGGAGCUUCUUCGUCAUUAUGGCAGGAAGAGAGCUUCUCCUAGAUGUCUCAUAAAGGUUGAUUUUAAGAAAGCUUUUGAUUCAGUUCAGUGGCAUUUCCUGCGUCAGUUGCUUCACAUGUUUGGCUUCCCAGAACGAUUUGUGCAUUUAAUUAUAAAAUGUGUCGAAACUACAUCCUUCUCUGUUGCAGUUAAUGGCAAUCUUUAUGGCUUCUUUCCUGGAAAGAGUGGAGUUAGGCAAGGUGAUCCAUUAUCUCCAUAUUUGUUCAUUUUAUGCAUGAAAUACUUCUCCAGAAUGCUUAAGCUAGCAUCGAGGAAUUGUGAUUUUCGUUUCCACCUGAAAUGUAAUGUCCAUGAUAUAUGCCACCUUGCUUUUGCUGAUGAUCCCCCACAGACUUCUAGCAAGUCAAUACUCUCUUCUGUUGCAGAAAUUGGAAUUGGCAGUGCAAAGUUGGAUGGGGAAACAUCUCACUUAUGCUGGGAGGUUGGAGCUAGUGCGGAAAAUUUUCUAUGGCAUGGUCCAGUUUUGGCUUAG